AUGACUGACGAGCUGUCAACCGCUCAGCCUCUGCCACAACCCCCGCAACAGCCAAAGCGCCCUGAUAAGACAUGUGAGAUUUGCGGACGAUCCUUCUCGCGAAAUGAACACCUGGUGCGACACCGUCGAACCCACACCAGCGAAAGGCCCUUUGAUUGCCCCUUCUGCGACACCAACUUCCCGCGCGCCGAUGUCAAGGACAAGCACAUGAAGAGGUUUCACACCUCACAAGGCCUCGAGGAUUACCGCUCUAAGAAGGCCAGGUCGAGCCAACGCGAGCGAUCGAGGUUGGCUUGUGACCAAUGCCGCAGAGGCAAGCUGAAGUGCGACAAUCAUCAUCCUUGCCAGGCAUGUCGCAACAAGCACCUCUCGUGCACAGUUUCCUCCUCCAGCCGAGGGCCGGGGCGACCCAGAAAUCACGAAGGCCCCGAGCAGCGCCUGGACCAAGAUGGCAUCCCUAGUGAGAACGCACUCGACUUUUUCGAGCUCUUGGAAGGACCAACAGAGUCGAUGGCCGACUUUGGCCCGACUUUCAUGACUCCAAGCAUUCCCGGCCGGUCCACGACCACGGAAAGCUGCCAGCCAACUGUUCAGCCAGACGGCCAAGGGUCGUUGAUCCCCAAUAUCAUCGGACACACGGAUUCCGUUGAACAGAUCAACGAUGCCAUGCAAAUCCCUGGCGACCUAACGACCACAACGAUCGAUGCCAUCUUUCCUCCUGACGACGGAAUGUUUUUUGAUGGCCAGGAGUCGAUCAACAGUGCCUUUCCAGACCUUGACCCCAUGGAUGGGCUCUGGCAACUCUCGUCCUUGGGAGUCUCAGGCUGGCUGGAUAACCUCGACGAUGCUGUGUCAGGGCAAGCGGGCAACGACCUUCCGAAGACUGCAUCGUUCAACUUGGAGUCCAGUAAACCCUCCCAUAUCGACCAAGGUGUAGCCAUUAUGGUUGAGUUCUUCCAACGACGCUCAAGGGCUUCCAGCCCUACCAAAGACGCCAAACGAUCCUGGUAUUCUCUCCCGCCCCGUUUGCAAAUGUACGACGACGAGGUGAUCAACGUUCUGUUGAAUCUGGGUCGAGCGCAUGUCUCCACCACCUUUCGUAUCUUUUCCAACUUUGAAGCGACUCAAGAGACAAGUCAGCAGCUUUGUCUGGCCAUGGCUGCUAUCGGUGCGCUCUUUUCCACCGCCGAGGGCAGCAGCACGGUCGCGAAAAGUUUGUACAACGAUGCGAGGAGAUUACAGCUCGAAGCCGAACUUCGCCAUGAGCCGUCAUCCUUGGCCCAGGCUUUGAACUCGGCCAAAACUUCCAUCCUUUUGGAAAUGUACGGAGUCUGCAGCGGCGACAAGAGGAGUUAUGAAUUCUGGGAGGCCUUCCACUACAAUACCAUGAAUGGCCUGAAAUCUUGCUUGCGACAUGCUCCGACAGACUCGGCUUCGUUUGAGGCAGUUCACCCGCAACUAUUGCUCGUCACCGAAUCGAUUUACAUCCUUGACGCCUAUCGUGUCCUGCUGCUGUUACGUCCUCCUUGUUUCCUGACUCCCCUCGACCCAAACGCAAGCUACCCGGACGGCAUUUAUGAAUCACGAAAGAAAUCCGUGACCACGUUAAAAUCGCUCAUGACACCCACCGGAUCAAUAUCUGAAGGCUCAUCAGGCAUACAACAUCUGGCGAUGAUCAGUGCGUACAGCUGGAUGCCGAGCCCUCGAGGGCAUGACUGUCUCCGGAGACCCCAACUCUGGAAAACGGAAUUCGUUGCGUUGGCGUUGGAACGGUGGGUAUUUGACAAAACUCAGGAGUCGGAGCGGCCGGAUCUAUCCCAAUCGCUCAUUUAUCACUUGACCGACAUCAACCUCUAUAGCAACCUGGCCGUGCUGCAAAGAUUCGCCCACGAGUUUAUCCGACCUUCGGAAGAUCGGAUUUUGCGUAAAGCCUUUGACUCUCUUCGAACCUGGGUCCAUGGCCAGGACUUUCCCAUUGCCCUUUGGCACGCAGAAUCCAUGUUGAAGCUCAUUCGGAGUAGCUUACCUCCGUUGCAGCGCCGGAAUGAUUCAGUGGCGGCAAGAACUCGGUUCCUCGAGCCGCCACAUCUACCUUAUUGUGUCUAUUUCGCGACAUUGGUCGUUUGGUAUGGUGGUGCUAGGGAAGACGGCAUCCACGGCUCGAGAAAUGGGUGUAUUGAAGCGGCAGUCCAGAUUCUUUCCAGAUUGAGAGCCCCGGUUUCGAAAGUGGUCAGUAGUGCUCUGUGCGAGCUCUCAACGGGCACUCCUUAG